UUCAGCCAAUCAGAUCUUCUACCUGUGUCGCGAAGCACCUGUCGGUUCUGUUUACAGGUGUUCUGGAACAUCACCUGGGACUGAAACGCAGACUGGGGACCAUUUAGGAGGCAAGCUGUUAAACGACACGUCAGUUGGAACUGCAGAACCGAGGCUGAGCAUGUUGUUAGCCAGAACCCUGGAGAACUUAAACUAGCAAACGUUUCUGGGAGUUAAAGAGUGCAGUUUAACGUGUGUGAAUAGAGAGGAGAAUUUGGGGCUUUUAUCUCAGGACUUUUGGAGUGCCCUGGCGCAGAGGGGAGGCUGCUCCUGAAUGUGAUCCAGUCCGAGGCUUCACAGGAAGCAUUGUGACUUGGUUGUAACUCAUCCUGCAUGGGAUGAUGUCACAAGACGAUGUCACCCUUGAGGGCCUGUUGUAUGGCAGUGUCCAUGGCAACAACUCAGAUGGGGUGGAGACCGAGGCUCAAGUCAUUAGCCAUGUGGGAGAAGAAAAUGCAUCAGCCAAUCACAUAAGAUCUCCACCCGCAUCUAUUGAUGAGCCAAUGGUGUGUGCUGGCUGUGGGGGGCCUGUGUGUGACCGCUUCGUCCUAUUGGCUGCUGGGCGGGCAUGGCAUGAAGCGUGUCUCCGCUGCAGCCAAUGCCACUGUGAGCUGCAAAUAUACCCUACUCUCUACUGUCGAGACGGCAGUAUCUUCUGCCAGCAGGAUUACUGCAGGAUUUUCAGCAUUGGACGCUGCGCCCGCUGCUCUCAGCCAAUCCCCUCGUCCGCCAUGGUCAUGAGGUCUGGUGAGCUGACCUUUCACCCCGAGUGCUUUUCCUGUCAGGAGUGUGAUGUCACGCUGUUGCCUGGCAACUUGUACUGCCUGCAGGGCGAGAGUGUCUAUUGUCAGUCUCAUUACCACGACGACAGCACGGCCAGGACCACCCCCCCCCACAACCUGUACCUCAAACAGGCCCUUGGAGAAGGGGAGGGGGAGGAGUCCGUCAGUAGCCCUGAGCCGCGAUUGGACGAUGGAGUCCCUAGAGGGCGGACGCAAAGGCGAACCAAGCGAAUCAGGACGUGUUUUCGCAGCGAGCAGCUGCGUGCCAUGGAGUCGUAUUUCGCUCAGAAGCACAACCCGGACGGCCGAGACUGGAGCUGUCUGUCUCACCGAACCGGUUUGCCCAAGAGAGUUCUGCAGGUAUGGUUCCAGAAUGCCAGGGCCAAAUUGAGACGGACCCUCUCGGCAGACGAGUCCCAGAGCAACUCACCUGCUCCCCCAAGGUCCGACGCCAUGGCUACCACAUCCCUGUCCCCUGUCGGCCCCUCCCACCAGCAGCCCCAGGCCUUCCAGACCAGCACCAUCAACCAACUAGAACUCUCCCUCCUCACAGCCCCUCUCAGUGACCCGCCCCAGAGCCCCACAGACCAAUCGUUGAUGCUGAAAGAUUCCUUGUACCUAGACUACAGAUCCCAUGGUGCACCAUGCCUGUCCUUCUCUGAUGACCUCUGACCUUGGCGAGUGCAUGGUGGGGAGAGAUGGGGGCUCUGAACUGAAAUAGCACUUAAACUCUUAGGCUUUGUGAAGUUAGAUGACACCUCAUGUUAUGUCAUCAUGUGUGAUGAUUGUUCAUUUCAAGGUAAAGUUUAGCUGAAUUGCACAAACAUUUAGCACAAAACGAUAUUACUAUAUUAAACACAAUAGUUUGUAUUUUUUUCACAAUUUCAGGUGUUAAUUACUAGAAUACAGUGUGCUAAAACGUUGUGUUUUAACUGAUACUAUACCCUACAAGUCACUGUAAAUGUUUCUGUCUUUUGCGCAUCAUGCACUACAGUUCCUUGCACUACAGUUCACAUGACUUGCACUAUGCAUACUUUGUGUGUCAAUAAAAUCAACAA